AUGGCCUUGUUUCUUCGUCUUCUUUGCUUGGUAUCAUUCUUUAGCUUCUUUUCAUCAUCUCCUGCGACAGACACACUCACGCCUUCAGACAUGUUGAGAGACAAUCAAACCCUGGUCUCAUCUGGUGGACUUUUCGAGUUUGGCUUCUUCAGCGAAAGCGUUUCAGGCUACUAUUUGGGAAUUUGGUUCACAGCUGAUCCAAGCAACGUUGUUUGGGUUAGUAACCGCGACUAUCCCUUAUUAGAUUCAUCCGCCCUACUUCAAAUCCGGUCCGGGAAUUUGAUUCUCACGGACCGGCGACAAGUGCAGAGCAUAGUCAAUGCAGGAAAUGUCGCCACAACUAGUAAUACAAGUGCAACACUUCUUGACACUGGAAAUUUUGUGCUUAGAGCAGCAGAUACAGGUAUCAUAUGGCAAAGUUUUGACGCUCCAAGUGAUACUUAUCUUCCUGGGAUGAAACUUGGGUCGUUUAACCUAAACGCAGGCCACCAUAGCCUUCACGUUGUUAAUUCUUGGGCAAGCCACCAAAACCCAGCUCCUGGCCUCUACACCUUAUCCAUCGAUUCCAGCGACCUUACAAAGCUUUCGGUUUGGCGAGGAGAUGGAGUCAAAAUGGUAGUCGCUUUCUUGGAUGGAUAUGAGUUCCGGUUUAUUUUUGAGAACUCAAACGGUAGUACUAACGACUACAACUUUAGCCUCCAGUUCAAUAGAAAUGAGGCCUUCUACACUUUCAGCAGCAGCAAGAAUUACGACCUCAUGUGGCUGGUGAUGAAUUCCACAGGAAACCUCGACCAGAAUUUUAUGUUGAAAGGCAAGAUUUAUUCUGUGAGUCAUCCUUUGUGUGCGGGUUCCAAUGGUGGUAAUAACGGGACGUGCUUGCCUUCAAUACCAUCCCAGUGUAGGGAUGGAGGUGCUUUUUCUGAGAUGAAUGGUUCGCUGCCAUCUACAUCUGCUGGUUCCGGUGGAAGUAUUGGGAUUUCUGAAUGCCAAACGUUGUGCCAGGUCAAUUGUUCUUGCACCGCAUUUGCUUCGGUUCAGAAUGAAUCAGUAUGUCAACUUUAUUAUGGGAGUAAACAGAAUCUAUUGAAGAUCGUAAAGAAGGGGCCAGGGCUUAUUUACAUUCGGGAUGGUGCUCCAAGUGAAGAUCGAGCCAGACGAGAAGGCAUUAUCAAUAGUGAUCAUGAAGUUAGAGGUGCAAUUAACAAGAAAUUAGGCAGACAGAAGGAUCAAGAAUUGCCCGUUUUUAGUUUUUCUACAAUAAAGGCGGCAACAAGUGACUUUGCCAAGGCCAAUAAACUUGGGGAAGGUGGAUUUGGGCCUGUCUAUAAGGGCAUGUUGCUUCCAGAAGGAUUAGAAAUUGCAGUGAAAAGGCUGUCCAAAAUUUCAAGGCAAGGGUUGAAGGAGUUCAAAAACGAAAUUUCAGUAAUUUGUAAGCUCCAACACAGGAAUUUGGUUAGGCUUUUGGGAUGUGGCAUUGAAGCAGAAGAAAGUAUACUAAUUUAUGAGUACAUGCCGAACAACAGCCUGGAUUCUUUCAUUUUUGAUUCAGGCAAACGGGUGCUUUUGGAUUGGCAAAAGCGCAUGAACAUUAUCGAAGGGAUUGCUCAAGGUCUUCUGUAUCUUCAUAAAUACUCAAGAUUAAGGAUCAUUCACCGAGAUUUAAAGACCAGUAAUAUUCUGUUGGACUGUGACAUGAACCCAAAAAUAUCAGAUUUUGGCAUGGCACGAAUUUUUGAGGAUAAUGACACUAGGGGACAAACAAAUCGGGUUGUUGGUACAUUCGGUUAUAUGUCUCCGGAGUACGCCAUGGAUGGUCUUUUUUCUGAAAAAUCAGAUGUGUUCAGCUUUGGGGUGAUUAUACUAGAGAUCGCUUGGGAUUUGUGGAAAAAAGGCAAGACCAUGGAGUUGAUGGAUCCAACAUUGAGGAAUUAUUUUUCAAGCACUGAAGUCACCAGAUGCAUUCAGAUGGGUCUUUUGUGUGUGCAAGAAAGAGCUAUGGACCGACCAACCAUGUCGGAUGUUGUUUCAACGCUAAGCAAUGAAACAAUUGCUCUGCCUCUUCCUAAAGAACCUGCAUUUUUGAGUCGAUCCAGUGAUGCAGAAUCAUCUUCAACCGAUCGAAGCAAGGUUGUCUGGGUUGACCGGGAAAAUCCAAUAUUGGAUUCAUCCGGCCUCCUUCAAAUCCGGACAGGGAAUUUGGUUCUCACCGACCGGCGACAAGUCCAGUUGAUAGUCAAUUCAGGAAGUGUCGCCGCGGCCACUACUAAUACAAGCGCAACACUUCUUGACACUGGAAAUUUUGUCCUUAAAGAAGUUGAUACAGGUACUAUUAUAUGGCAAAGUUUUGAUCUUCCAAGUGAUACAUAUCUUCCUGGGAUGAAACUUGGGUUGUAUGGCCUAAACACAACCCGCCACAGCUUUCACCUUAUUGUUUCUUGGGCAAGCCCCCAAAACCCAGCUCGAGGCCUCUUCACCUUAUCCGUUGAUGGCAACGACUUGUCGAAGCUUUCGGUUUGGCGAGGAGAUGGAGCCAAAAUGGACAUAGCUUCCUGGGACGGACAUAGCAUCCGGUUUAUUUUUGACAACUCAACCGGGCAGAACAAUAAUAACAAUGACUACAAUUUUAGCUACCAUGCUAAUGCAUAUGAGGCCUACUACAAUUUUAGCCACAGUAGGAACUACGACCUCAUGUGGUUCGUGAUGGCUUCCACCGGAAACCUGGACCAGUAUUUCAUGGUGGAUGGGAAGAUUUCUGUUAGGCCUCAUGCUUUGUGUGCUGAUUCGGCUGGUGGUAAUUCUGGUAGGUGCUUGACUUCAAUACCGUUCGAGUGUGGGGAUGGUAAGUUUUAUGAGAUGAAUGGUUCUUUGCCAUCUACUUUCAGUGGUACUGGUUUCAUUUCUACGGGGACUACCGAGUGUGAAACUUUGUGCAAGUCCAAUUGUUCUUGCACUGCGUUCGCUGCACUUCAGAAUGAACAACCGCCAGGAUGUCAACUCUAUUUUGGGAGCAAACAUGAUCUGUUGAAGAUCAUAGAGAAGGGGGCAGGGAUUGUUUACAUCCGGGGUAGUGCUCCAAGUGAUAGCAAGAAGUGGAAACUCUGGCUGGCUGUCUUGCUUCCUUUGGCAUUCCUCUUGGUUCUUAUUGCAAUCUCCUUAUCCUAUUAUCUGCGUGGGAGAAGGCGACGUAAAGAAGAUCAAUUAGCAAGCAGAGGAGAUGCCGUCGCGGAUUCUGAUCAUAUGAGAUUAUUUCAAAUGAGCUCCCCUAAUGCGUCACCAAUUCAUCAUGAUGAAGUUAGAGGUGCAAGUAACAUAGAACUGGGAAGACAGAAGGAUCAAGAUUUGCCAUUUUUUAGUUUUUCCACAAUAAAGAAUGCAACAAAUUACUUUGCAGAGGCUAAUAAACUUGGGGAAGGUGGAUAUGGGCCUGUCUAUAAGGGUAAGUUGCCUCUAGAAGAUCAGGAAGUUGCAGUGAAAAGGCUGUCCAAAAUUUCCAGGCAAGGCUUGAAUGAGUUCAAAAAUGAAGUUUCAGUAAUCUGUAAGCUCCAACACAGGAAUUUGGUUAGGCUUUUGGGAUGCUGCAUUGAAGAAGAAGAAAGUAUACUAAUUUAUGAGUACAUGCCCAACAGAAGCCUGGAUUCCUUUAUUUUUGAUUCAUCCAAAAAGGCACUUUUGGAUUGGAGAAGGCGCUUUCACAUUAUUGAAGGGAUUGCUCAAGGGCUUCUUUAUCUUCACAGAUACUCGAGAUUACGGAUCAUUCACCGUGAUUUAAAGACAAGCAAUAUUCUGUUGGACGGUGACAUGAACCCGAAAAUUUCAGAUUUUGGCAUGGCAAGGAUUUUUGGGGAUGAUGACACUAGAGGAAAAACAAACCGAGUUGUUGGUACAUUUGGUUAUAUGUCUCCGGAGUAUGCGAUGGACGGCCUCUUUUCUGAAAAAUCAGAUGUGUUCAGCUUUGGGGUGAUCUUAUUAGAGAUCAUAAGUGGAAAGAAGAACAUAGCCUUCUUUGAAACUGAUCAUUCUCUUAACUUACUAGGCAGAACUUGGAAUUUUUGGAAAGAAGGCAAGAGCAUGGAGUCGAUGGAUUCAACAUUGAGUGCCUCAUGUUCAAGCAGUGAAGUUACGAGGUGCAUUCAGAUGGGUCUUUUGUGCGUGCAAGAAAGAGCCAUGGAUCGACCAAACAUGUCAGAUGUUGUUUCGAUGCUAAGCAAUGAAACAAUUGCUCUGCCUCUUCCAAAAGAACCUGCAUUUUUGAGUCAAUUAAGUUCCACUGAUGCAGAUUCAUCUUCAAGUAGGCAAAGACAUCGAUCGAGAAAUGACAUAACGAUUUCAGAUGUAGAUGGCAGGUAGUAAUUACUAGCAAGCUAGAAUUUAGAGUUUUUUUGGCUAUUGCAUUUGCAUCAAAAGAAAUUCCACAUUUAUUUUUUAUUUAUUAUACCCAAGUGUCUCUUACAAUCAUGGGCCUGCUAGCACCCAAAAAAGAAUUGAGCCCAAAUUAAUCAAUCAUGGGUUGG